ACUACAGACUUUUGCAACCCUGACUGAAGAUAUUUGAAUCAUUUGAAUUUUUUACCUGACAUCUCUGAGCUGUCUUGUCUUAUCUUCGUUUGAAAUCAUUGUUUUCGAGAUUUUGUUUCUAGAACGUUUGGCUUUCGGGGUGUGAGACAAAAAGAGGACAACCAGUUAAGCAGCUUAUUCUACACCCUAUUAAACAUUUAUGUGUGAUUUAUGGCAAACAGUUUGCUAACAAGAUCUGUCAUAUGACCGUCGAUCUGUUUACCUGUGAUAUAUGAAGCAAAGGAUUUGUUGUUAAAUGAUGCCGCUUCACAAGAAUGUCCAUACCGGUGACCUGCCAUACAAAUGCACGGUAUGUGGAAAAACAUUUACCGUUAAAUAUAAACUAACCCGACACAUAUCCGUGCACACGGGUGAUUAUGAGCAUAAGUGUGAUGUGUGCGGCAAAGGAUUUAUGCUAAGAUCACGUUUGGAAGACCACAAAAACAUUCAUACAGGAGAGCGGCCUUAUCAAUGCAGUAUAUGUGGAAAUAGUUUUGCCUCCAAAUAUAACCUAAACCAACAUAAAUCAAUUCACACGGGUAUUCGAUAUAAGUGUGAAGAAUGCGGCAAAGUAUACUCCAGAAAGUUUAGAUUGCUAUCGCACAAACGCAUUCAUACAACUGAACAAUCAAUUAAUUCGGUAUUGAUCGACUCAGCAGAACUCGAUGACAGGUCUGACGAUAACUUUGAUGAAAUUAAUCGGAUUGAUAUAAAAUCCGACCAAGUACGGGAUGUUGUUCCAAAGAAGAAGAAAAUGUCAACUAACUCAGUAACAUCUUCUGCUCGAACAACCGAUUCUCCUAACCAACACAAAUGUUUGAUUUGCGACAAACAAUUCACCGACGAGAGCGAUCUCCAAAAGCACGUUUUAUUGCAUGAAAUUGAGCGACCAUUCAGUUGCGACGUUUGUGGGAAAAAAUUUCAAUUUAAACGCUACCUAACCAAGCACAUGAUCGUUCAUACCGGGGAAAAACCGUGCAUCUGUGAUAUAUGUGGCAAAGGAUUUCGUGACAUGGAAAAGUUAAAGUUUCAUCACAAUAAUCAUACCGGUGAGCGAUCGUACAAAUGCACUGAAUGCGGAAAAGAGUUUCGCGCUCAAGCGAGUCUUGACCGACACAUGUACAAACACACAGGCGAGCGUCCGUUCAAAUGCACUGUAUGCGAAAAAAGUUUCGUUACUCAGGCUGAAGUACGCCUACACAUGUCCACGCACACGGGUGAUUAUGAGUAUAACUGUCAGGUGUGCGGCAAAGGAUUUGUAUCCAGAUUACGUUUGGAAGAUCACGAGAACAGUCAUACAGGAGAGCGGCCUUAUCAAUGCAGUGUAUGCGGCAAAGAUUUUGUGACUAGGUGGGCAUUAAUCAAACACAAAUUAAUUCACACGGGUGGUUGGAAAAUGAAAUCCGACCAGAUACAGGAUGUGAUGUCAAAGGAGGAGAAACAAUCAAAUAACUAUGUCGCCUCAAAGAACGGUUUUCCGAAUCAAUACAAAUGUCUGAUUUGUGAUAAAAAAUUCGGCAGGAAGUGUAAUCUCGAUUAUCACGUCUUAUUGCAUGACGGCAAACGACCAUUCAGCUGUGAUAUUUGUGGGAAAUGCUUUGCUUUGACGAGUUAUCUAAGGAGGCAUAUGAUCGUCCAUACAAUGGACAGAACGCUCACGUGUGAUGUAUGUGGCAAAGAAUUUUGUGACAAAACAUCAUUGAAUUCCCACAAAAAUAUGCAUACUGGUGAGCGGUCUUACAAAUGCACUGUAUGUGGAAAAAGUUAUACCACUAAUGUUCAACUAAACAAACACAUGGUUACACACACGGGUGAUUUUAAUUACAAGUGUGAUGUUUGCGGCAAAGGGUUCGUAAACGCAUCGCGUUUAAAAGAUCACAAAAACAUGCACACUGGAGAUCGACCUUAUCAAUGCACUAUAUGCGGAAAAAAAUUUGCCAAUAAAGAUAGCAUAAAACUACAUACAUCAAUUCACACGGGUAUUCGGUACAUGUGUGAAGUGUGUGGCAAAGAAUACUCUAGAAAGUCUAAAUUGACAUUGCACGAACGCGUUCAUACGACUGAUGAGCAUCCAAUUGAUUCCCUGUUGAUCGAACCAACAGAUCACGAGGGCGUUAUUCAAGCCAAACAGAAAAAUGCAACGAACGAAUCAACAAAUAUUAACGGUAUGAUAAAUGAACAUUCACAAUCAAACAGCAACUGCAAUGCGCUUGAUUCAGAUCAAAAACCGUUCGGUUAUGGUAGCAAUAGAAUUAAUCUAACUGAAAUAAAAUCCGACCUGGUACGGGGUGUUAUUCAAACGAAGGAGGACGAUUCUCCAAAUCAGCACAAAUGUGUAAUAAGUGACCAACAUUUCGCCGACAAGAGCGAUCUACAGAAGCACUUUUCAUCUUGCAACAUACUUCCGUACAAAUGCACUAUAUGUCGCAAAAGUUUUGCCACAAAGGUUGUACUAGACAAACACAUGUCAGUACACGAGCGUGAUUAUACGUAUAAGUGUGAUGUGUGUGGCAAAGGAUUCAUGCACAGAUCACGUUUCACCGACCACAAAAACAUUCAUACAGGAGAGCGGCCUUAUCAAUGCGGCGUAUGCGGAAAAGAUUACGCCACCAAACGUGUCCUAAACAUGCACACAUCACUUCACGCAGGUGAUCGGCAUCAAUGUGACGUGUGCGGCAAAGAAUACGCUAAUAAAUUCACCUUGAAAUUGCACAAACGCAUUCAUACAACUACGGGUUAGUUUGUUAUAAUUUUAUUUAACACCGGUUUUAACCCCCGUGGUAUAUUUCCGGCGAGUUAAGUGUAUAAUACAUGUCAUUUAUCUUAAUAUACGCAUACACGAAUUCA